AUGAGAGAGAGAGAGAAGAAACCGAGCUUUCAGUACAAAGAUCUCCUUCAACAUGCUUCUGGAGUUGGUAACAGCAAUUCCGACAGAAGAAGCGCCAAGGAGAAAGCAAGCCACCUUGCUCUUGUCAAAUACCUCCAAGAAGAUCUUGCUGAUUCAGCUUCAGAAGCAGAGCCCUCGUCGAAGCGCAUGAAAACUGGAAAUCCUAUUCCAGAUUGUGGCCAGGACGAGAAGAUAAUGUAUCCUUGGAAAGGUUUUGUGAUAAAGAUUUAUUUGUGA